GCAGAAAUUUCCUCGGAAUACGUAAGAUCCAUAAUUUUAAAAUAAAAAACAAGGUAAGCUCACUUGAAACGUUUCCGUUUACGAGCACCAGGGGGCUACGACAAUCACGAUGGCGUCGACCGAGAUGGCCGCAUUGUAUGCGACGGACGAGAAAGGCUCCUAUAUACCGGCAACACAAAGACCUGAUGGGACUUGGCGCAAGGCCCGGCGCGUCAAAGACGGCUAUGUUCCCCAGGAAGAGGUCCCCUUGUAUGAGAGCAAGGGAAAAUUGUGGGCGAAGAGCCAGUCCGGGCCCAAGUACCCUGUCGGUCUGUCCAAAGCAGAGAUUGAAGAGUAUGAGGCUAAACAAGCAGCACAGCAGCAGCCAGAUGCGGCAAAAAAGAAGAAGAAGAAAAAGAAGGGGGCUGCCAAAUCUGCCGAGGCGUCUGCAUCUGAAGUUGCCGUGGACCAGUUGGCCACUACAUUGGAGUGUCAGGCCAAGAUAGAAGAACCGGCGCAGCCAUCGUCAUCCGCUUGCGCUGACCCGGCCAAGAAGCUGCGCAACUUGCGCAAGAAGCUGCGCGACAUAGAGCAGCUGAAGAGAAGAAUAGAGUCCGGUGAGCUGGCCAACCCGGAACCAGAGCAACUUGAGAAAGUGGCACGCCAGGAAGAGAUAGAGGCACAGAUAGAGGAGCUCGAACUCGACGGUAUCGAAUGAGAAGUGCACCAGAAAGACCAGCAGCUUGGCACACCCUACCCCUGAGCCCUACCCGAGCAUGUGCCAGUGGCACGUCCCUUUCUGCUGGCCGUAACGUGCCACCACUUCUAGGGACUGCUGCGGCAGUACCACGUACGCACCAGAGAAGCCGUGCCGAGAUGCCACUGGCCGCGCUCGUGUGUCCUCCCCAUGAAAGGGUGUGCUGCUCUGGUUGAUCAUCGAGACGCAGUCCUGGACACUGUGGCCUCUCUCCGAGCAGACCUCGCCACCAACCCAUUGUCACGGACAUUGUGCCGAUUUGUGCACGAGCCACCUCAACCAUAGGGCACUUGCAAGGUUUUUCAUGCAGCUGCCCCAUUCCCAUAAUCAUUCUUGCACUUUCCCAUACGAUGACUCUCUUCUUAUCCCCUGUCAAUGCCAGCUGGAAGCAGCCGCCCCCAUUCUGUUGUUUAAUAAUCGGGCGACUCAAGGGAACCUUAUGUUUGGCCCAGUCCAAAAGGCUCAGGAACUGGUCACAAGGCGAUCUCCCAUGUGCAAGACUCUUGCAUUUUCAUCCUAUGUUAUCAUGUUACUUAACGUGUACAACACAAAUGAACGAUCAGCCUGGCCCAACGAGAGAAAUGAAAUAUUGGGGAAAGAUGACGUCUUGAUGUGCUGAGUGCACUAACACCAUGCUGCAAGAUGACCCAAAGAGUGAGAGACAUAUCUUUUUUGUAAGCAUGAACUCCAUAAGAGACCUUCACUCAACAGUACAGAA